GUGCCAAAUUGGCCUCCACAAUUGAAUGAUGAUCAAAUCACAUCUUUAACCGGACAAGCGAUCGAUUAUGCAUUAUCCCAUUCAAUCACUUAUAGACCUUUACCUUCUUCCUCUACAGCAACAAAAGGCGUAAAACCUCCGCAAGAUACAACGAUUCACGCUCCGAUAAGCCUUUUACCUUCACCUUUUCCGGCUAAUCUGUUCGAACAAAGUCAAUCACUUCAACCGUUGUAUAAUGACAUUUAUGCACGUAUAACUGUGGAUAAAGAAUUCCUACGAAAGAUUAUCGGUGGAAAUGUGAUCUUGGUAGAUGAAUUUCAAGCAAAAUUAUGGCAAUUAUGGAACAAAGUCGAACAAGAAGGAAUUCAACAGCCUUUGCAUUUGGGGCUCUUUCGUUCGGAUUACCUCUUACAUCAAGAAGGAAACGACUCACAGCCAUUCACUAUCAAACAGGUAGAGCUCAACACUAUCUCGAGUUCGUUUGGACCACUUUGUUCGCGUGUCAGUGAGUUGCAUAGAUAUCUUGCUCGAUCUACAGGAGGUUUCUUUGGCAUCUCGCCUCAAUUGACAGUGGACAAAUUACCAAUCAAUCGAGCCUUAGAGACCUUGGCAGGAGGUUUGGCAGCCGGACAUCGGGCAUACGUCGAACGAGCCAAAGCCGAAGAUGCAAUUAUCCUGUUUGUCGUUCAAGAUGGAGAAAGAAACGCAUUUGAUCAACGAUUGAUCGAAUAUCAAUUAUUGGAACAGCAUGGAAUCGUUGUUAGACGUGCUUCUUUGGCACAAUUGGCAAAGAGUGCAUCUUUGAAAGGAGAGGAAAAACGAUUGUAUCUGGACAACACAAACUCCGGGAAAAGCGAAGAAGUAGCAGUUGUGUAUUUCAGAGCUGGUUAUGGACCAGGAGAUUAUCCAACAGAAACGGAAUGGGAUGCAAGGUUGACAAUAGAGCGUAGUUUAGCGAUCAAAUGUCCAACGAUUGCACUUCAGCUUGCCGGAGCGAAAAAGGUACAACAAGUUUUGUCAAAUCCUGGAAUUGUUGAACAUUUCGUUAAAGAUUCGAAAAAAGGUAGGAUAUGGUCAGAUGAGGAAGUUAAAAGAUUACGUGCAAGCUUUAUGCCGAUGUAUAGUAUGGGCGAAGAAGAUGGAGGAGAAGGUAUACGGAUUGCAUCGGAUCCAAAGAUGGCAAAAGAGUAUGUUUUAAAGCCGCAACGAGAAGGAGGCGGGAACAACAUUUAUAGAGAAGAUAUCGUGGGCGCAUUGAAGGACUUAGAAAAGCAAGAUGAAGAACAAGGCAAAAUACAAGGAAGCGAUGGAAGCAAUCGAAAUAUCAAAAGAAGAGAAGCUUACAUUUUAAUGAAAAUGAUCGAACCACCAACGAAUGUAGGAAAUUAUUUAGUCCGAUACGAUGCUGCAAAAAGCUCUUCGGGAAGUGCUCCUCAAGCUGUUUUGGCUCCUCAUGUUAUUUCCGAAUUGGGUGCUUUUGGAUCAAUUUUGUUUGAAGCAGAUCAACAAUCCACAAAAGUAAUCUUUGAACAAAGCGGUGGUCAUCUUUUACGUACAAAAGCAAGUGAAAGUAACGAAGGAGGUGUUGCAGCUGGCUUUAGUGUGAUUGACAGUCCUGUUCUCAUCUAA